AUGGCGAGUUUAGGAAUUGUCCUACAUGCAAGUCUUAUUUGCAUAGUCUUGCUUACCUUUUUUUCAGGCACUGCAAGCAGAAAUAUCGCCAAUGAAAUUUUGCAACGCCUGGAAAUGGUUGAGAAGUUAAAUUUUGAUUUGAAAAAAGAGAAUUCAAACCUGAAAUUAGAAAUGAUUGACAUUAAAGGUGAGCUGAAAGAUAUUGUAAAUGAGAUGAAAGUUUGGAUGAAAUCUCGACAUAGCCAAGGUAACAAUAAGAUGAACGAGUCGAACUCCGAUUUGCAAAAGGAGAACAUAAAAAUCAAAUUGGAAAUGGCUGAACUACGGGACCAGAUGGAUAAUGUCGUACGCGAGAACUGUGAGAUGAAAAAGAAAUGGAAUGAGUUAGAUGAUAUACUGAUAUCUGUGUAUAUCCAUUUGAAUAAGUCAAAGCCUGAAAUUCAAAGCGGAAUAAUGCCUGAACAUCGAACGCCUCUAAGUUACCAACACGUGGCAGAAAAUCGGAAAGCAAAUAGUGUUCGAUCAGUCCAAAGAAUAGUUCCGCCAGCACCUGACGUCACAGAGCAACCAGUAGCUUUCUACGCCUAUAUGGAUUCAUACCAUACCCCAGGUCUUCCAAUCCACACCACGCUUAUAUUCGACACAGUUCAGCUCAACGACGGUCACGGUUACAGUAAGCAUGACGGGGUGUUCAUAGCUCCUCGAACUGGAGUCUACGUGUUUCAUUGGACAAUCCAAACAGAAGUGCAUUCUUGGGAAAGUAUUGAGAUAGUUGUAAAUGGAUCACCCAUUGGGUGCGCAGCGUCGGACACUCUUAGAAUAAACGACUAUGGAACAGGAAGUGGGUUAGUUGCUACGCGCGUGAAUACCGGAGACCUUGUUUUCCUCCGCACGCACGAAAGUAUAUCAGGUUAUCUCUUGAGCAAUCAUAGGUUGAGAUCAUCUUUCUCAGGAUGGCUUCUUUAUUCCUGAACUCGUAUUCUUAACCUGAAUUCGAAAUAAAUCCUACUUGA